GUAUUUUUAUUUAAUUUUGCAGUGGUACAUGCAAAUUUAUGAUCACUAAUACUCUUUUCAGUUGAUCUCUGAAGCAUUAAAAACAGAAUAACACAAUUAUUUUUUUUAGAUUAUACAAGUUUGCUCCUAAAAUUGCAUUAUUCAUACAGAAAAGUUACUUGACCCAUGUUUAGUUGUAUAACUAUGUUUAAUAAUUCAUAAUUUCACCAUAUACUCAAGCCUGAGUGGUGGUAAUGCUUUUUGCAUUAAUGAUGAUGAUGAUGGCCCAAUUCACUGACGGGGCGGGAGAGAGUGUUUGCAUAUGAGUGAGAGUAGCACAUGCACAUGUUGCUCAUGCGUUUGAGAGUCUACACACAGACUGUAUAUAACGAUGGACGACACAUCUCCACUUCCUCCCACUGUACAGAAGUGAGGCCAAAAUAUCCCGGAUACGGGAGCUGCUAUCUUGAGAUUUUGACGUCUUUGGAGACAUUGUCUGUAACCAUAUUUUUUCUAUAACUACAUCUAUGACAAAAUUGACACAUGUUCUGUUACACAGACUCAGACUUACAUCUCCUCUCUCGUACAAUUCCCGAGCCUCCGGCUGUGUGACUACUUCACUCAGAGCAGCUGUCAAUAACAGCUGUCAAUUAAGACGUCUCACACCCUUUUUAUAGCACCAAAUAACUAGUUAAAGUCAAACUUAUCAGAAAAAUUAACACUUGAACAUUCAUCAGCGUGAUAAGAACUACCUCAAAUGACCGAAACCAUCUUUGUCCCAAAAUGUGUCCCAUAUCCCAUCUGCAAACAAGGAGGGGGCAGGAUUUAUGACCUAUACUAAAGCCAGCCACCAGGGGGCGAUCCGGAUGUUUUGGCUUCACUUUUGGGGAGCUGUCAUGUCGUUCAUCUUUAUUUAAAGUCUAUGGUCUACACCCAUGCCAGCAGCUCUGUGAAGCUGUACUUUGAGCUACAUGCUAACGUCAUCCUAAUGCUAAAGUGCUGUUGUUUAGCAGGUUAUGUUUACCAAGUUCACUGUCUUAGUUCAGCUUGUUAGAGUGCUAAAAUUUGCUAAUUAGCCCAAAAGACAAAGAAGCCUACAGAUGAGGUUGUUGGAAAUGUAAUUUUGUUUUGCAGGUAUUUGGUCCUAAACAAAGUAUUGGACGAAUUCAAAUUUUGACCUGAUGAUGGCGCUAGAUGAAAAGUUACUGCGAUCAUCAAAGUUAUUAUAAUUCAUCCUCUGGGGACCUCAAAUGUCUGUACUCAUUUUCAGUGCAAUCCAUCCCAUAGCUGUUAAGUAAUUCCAGUUUGUACCAAAGUGGUGGACCGACAGACAGGCUGACGAUUAGAGCCCUAAAAACCCACUUUGUCAUCAUGCCUUUUUAUUAAAAGGGGUUGAUCAGGUGGAUGUUUUUUUUUUUCUAAGACUGCAGUGUCUAUUUCUGCUUUGGGUUUCUCAAAUAAAGGGACAAACACACACACGUGCUGUCUGGACAAAUCACGUAUGAGAGUGAAUGUCAUUCAGCCGCAAAGUAGCCAAAGCUAAAGGGAAAAUAUUCUGCCUGGUGCCAGAAUAGCAUGUAUACCAUGUAAGCUGAUAAACAUAAACCCCAGCAUAGGUUUCACUUUCCCCUGCAGACUAAUCAGAAAUGAAACAGCACUUUCCACCACUGAAUAACCCACAACUCAUCCAGCUGUGCUGUACCAACUGUACCAAGAGCAAGAGACUAUCAUUCCUUUAUCCUUCUAUUCUAAAGGAAACCUCUUCAUAGUAAUCUCUGCAUAAACGACAUGUUUGCAUCAUUAUAUAACAAACAUGAUCAGUCAACCGUUAUCAAACUCACAUUAUAAAAGAUGGAUGAUUUGGAUGUGUGUGGUUUGUGACAAUAGGGAAGUAAUGCUUUCUAAUUAUGGGCUAACCCAGCCACCUGUUACUUUCAUCUCACCUCCUUAGAGCUGAUCAUCAAUGUUACACUUCUGUCAGCACUCGAUCCAACUUGACAACACAACUCAUCGCAGGACCUCUUUUAAAAUCUCUCACGUGAACAAUGUUCUUCCACCUGAUGUGUGUGGCACUGCUGGGCCUGUCCAUGUCGUCAGCUAGCGUUUCUUACCCAAAAACUCUGCCAUGUGAUGUCAGCGAGACCAGCAACGGGAGCGCGGUGACGGUGGACUGCACUGAGAGAAGCCUCAAAGAUAUCCCCCGAGGCAUCCCCAGAGACACGACCAAUCUGACGCUCACCAUCAACCAUAUUCCUAAAUUCAACUCCACCUCCUUUCGCGGUCUGGAGAACCUGACUGAGAUUGACAUGAGGUGCAACUGUGUGCCAAUCAAAAUCGGGCCCAAAGACCGCAUGUGCACCAAGAGUGUGGUAAUAGAGGACAACACUUUUACCAGCUUGAGGAACCUGCGAGCACUGUAUCUUGAUGGCAACCAGCUCGAUAGUAUACCUAAGGGCCUCCCUCCGAACCUGAUCCUGCUGAGUCUGGAAGUGAAUCACAUUUAUAAAAUUUCCAAAGCAAACCUCUCUGAGAUUAGAAAUAUUGAGAUUCUUUACCUCAGUCAAAACUGUUAUUACCGUAACCCAUGCAAUGUUUCCUAUGAUAUAGAGGACGGUGCAUUUGCACAGCUUAACAAUUUAACAUUGCUAAGUCUUAAGUCAAAUAACUUAUCCUUUAUUCCACACCGACUACCCACAAGUCUGAAGGAGCUGUACCUCUACAACAACAACAUUCAAGAAGUCACUGACGAGGAUUUCAAAAACUUAAUUAACCUUGAGAUUUUAGAUAUUAGCGGAAACUGUCCUCGGUGCUACAACGCUCCGUUCCCAUGCGACCCGUGCCCAAAUAAUUCCCCGCUUAAAAUCAGCGCGAAGGCUUUUAAAAUGUUGACAAAACUAAAGACGCUGCGCCUGCACAGUAACUCUCUGACGUGCGUGCCGGCCGAGUGGUUCGCCAGCACAACAGAGCUGAGGGUGCUCGAUCUCUCGUCAAACUUUUUAGCGAGAGAGAUAGGAGUCACGCACUUCCCACAAUUCCUGGACAAACUGGAAGAGCUGGACCUUUCAUUUAACUAUGAGCUUCAGAGGUACCCUGAAUCGCUGAGGCUGAGCUGCAGUUUCUCCUCCCUAAAAUCCCUUCGAAUUCUCAGACUGAAGGGCUUUGUGUUUCAGCAGCUAAAGCCAGAGAGCAUUGCUCCUUUAAAACCUCUCACAAACUUGGAGGUUGUAGAUCUGGGUACAAACUUUAUUAAAAUGACAAACCUUAGUAUUCUGAUGGAAUUAAAAAGCUUUAAAAUAAUUAGUCUGUCUGACAACAAAAUAUCUUCCCCCUCCGACGGCCAAGAUGCCGUUGGUUACUCUGGGGGAGAGCCCUUGUACUGGUCUCCCAUGUCGGCUGCGGCUCAAAGUAAGGAAGUGAGAGAGAUUCAUUAUUUCAGAUAUGAUGAAUAUGCCCGCAGCUGCAAACACAAAGAUAAAGAACUGGGAACGGUUACGUCCUUUGUCAACAAGGACUGCAGUCAAUUCGGCAAAACUCUAGAUGUGAGCAGAAACAACAUAUUCUUCUUGCAUUCGAGAUUUUUAAAUCUCGGGGAGCUGAGGUGCCUCAAUCUGUCUGGUAAUGCAAUGAGCCAAAGUCUGAAUGGCUCCGAAUUCACCUAUCUGACUAAUUUACAAUACCUAGACUUCUCCUCGAAUCGCCUGGACCUGCUCUACUCCACUGCAUUUCAAGAGCUGAAAAGUCUGGUGAUCUUGGAUAUAAGCUACAACAACCACUACUUUGAGUCAGAGGGCUUGACGCACAUGCUUAACUUCACUAGACAUUUGAAAAAUCUCAAGGUUUUGCUCAUGAACCACAACAAGAUCUCUACGUCCACCAACACAGAGCUGGAGAGUCAAUCCCUAGAGAGGUUAGAGUUCAGAGACAACCGGUUAGAUAUGUUGUGGAGGGACGGGGACACCAGAUAUGUCAAUUAUUUCAAGAAUUUACUCAAUCUGACUGUCCUCGACAUCUCUCAUAACAACCUCAAUUUCAUUCCAAAGGAAGUGUUCAGCGGUCUGCCGGACAAACUGUCUGAGCUCUACAUCAAAAACAACAAACUAAAGGAUCAAACCUUUGAUUGGGAGAAACUACAACUUCUACGUUCUUUGCAAGUCUUAGAUCUCAGUGGAAACAGUUUAACUACUGUUCCACCUAUGCUGUCAAUCUGUACCAAAUCUCUUAAGAAGCUCCUUUUACAUAAAAACCAAAUCCUAAAACUCACUCCAGAUUUCCUCAAGGAUGCCUACAACUUAAAAUAUCUGGAUCUUAGUUAUAAUCACAUACAGCACAUUGAGAAAUCUAGCUUCCCGGAUGACGUUGUCAAUCAGAUGGACAUGCUGCUUCUGCACAAAAACAGGUUUGUGUGUUCUUGCAACGCCACUUGGUUUAUCACAUGGCUCAACAGGACCACAGUGACCAUCCCCAGACUGGCCACGGAUGUUACUUGCGCCAGCCCAGGGGCGCAAAGAGGUCACCCUGUGAUCUCAGUGGACCUGCUGGCCUGCCAGCACAGCUACCUGUCAAUCAUCCUCUACACCCUCAUGACUUCCCUCGUGCUCAGCUUCCUCACCCUGUCAAUCUCCAGCCACCUCUUCCUGUGGGACGUCUGGUACAUCUACCACUUCUGCAGGGCAAAGCUCAAAGGUUACAGCCGCCUGCAUUCCCACAGCUCUGCCUAUGAUGCCUUUGUGAUAUACGACAAGGAGGACCCGGCAGUGACAGAGUGGGUGAUGAAGGAAAUGUGCACUCAUCUGGAGGAACACGGAGACCGUCCCUUGACGCUGUGCCUGGAGGAACGGGACUGGCUCCCAGGAUGUCCCCUGAUCGACAACCUCUCCCAGAGCAUCCACAACAGCAAGAGGACCGUGUUCAUUCUCACCAGCAAAUAUAUAAAAAGUGGCAACUUCAAGAUGGCUUUUUACUUGGCCCACCAAAGGCUGAUGGAUGAAAAAAAUGACGUUAUCAUACUGAUCUUCAUGGAAAAAGUGCCUUGCAAUUCAAAGUACCUGAGAUUAAGGAAGAGACUGUAUAAGCGGUCUGUGCUGGAGUGGCCGACGAACCCUCAAGCCCAGUUGUACUUCUGGUUCAGCCUGAGAAGUGUUCUAGCAACUGAAAGUCACAAACAAUACAACAAUCUAUUUAAAGAGACGCUGUAAAAACAAUAUACUGUCAUACUUUUAGUUCCUCCUUUAAUUUAAGGUUGCUCUGAAUGUACUUCUAUAUAUGAAUUACAAUGUGUGAACAACAACCCGCUAUUCAUCUUCAGGGAUACUGUUUGUCAUAUCUCACAGGUGUUUUAUUCUAUCAUUCCAAUUUUUCAUGACUUUGUCAAUCAAUGUAUUACUAUGACUUCAUAUCAUUGUUUUCUGUUUUAAUUCGUGCUUUUUAAGUAAUAAUUUAAAUUGCCAAUGUAUUGGGGUCCUUAUUUAAACUAUCACACACUAGCAGGGGGAUAUAGGGGAACUCUGUCAUCUUGACACAGAUGCAGCACACAGAUUUCAUCAUGUGUUCUACUUUCGUUUUACACAAUAUGCAAACUAACUGUAAAUUCCCGAAAAAAAUAUAAUCUUUUUCUUUUUCUUCAGAUGACAUUAAUUACACAACUUAUAAUGUUUUGAGAAUAAAUAAGUCAACAUUUUGCUAUGAUGGGUGUUUCUUACAGCAGUUUAUUCUUGGGGCCCUCGGGGACCCCAGUCAGUAGUCCUUGUAUGUUAAAUGUUGUUUUUGAAAGGCUAAACACCAACAAAUAUGAAUUAAAGCACAAUAUUUCAUUAGAUAAAAAACAUGUUUUGAAUUUUGUAAUUGAUUACAUCUAUCUUUUUUCUAUAAAUGUUGAUGUUUGGACUGGGACAAUUAGGCUACAGAGAUGAGGACUGAUGGCAGCAGUGGGAGC